GUCUCUGCGAUGAACUAGAAGAAUCUUUCCUUAACAAAAGCUGAGGAGGCUGCUGCGUGAAAGGAGCGCUUGUUGUUGGCUGUGGGGAUUAUUCAGACAACUCUUUUUUGGGUCAUACCAGUUUUAAGCUUUCCUCAGUUUUAUAGCUUCGUAGGUCUGUGUUGGACUCUGAGAUUCUUGGGGCUGUACAAAAAAAAGUUUGUCUCAUCCAGGAGUGUCAUCUCUGCGUUUCUGACAUGCGCCUCAGCCGCUCUGUUGCUGUCUUCAUCUUGUUCUUCACAGCUGGCUCUGGGACUACAGUAUACGAAAAUGAGUUUACAGAGGAAGAUACGACUCCUCAACUGGACUACACAAACCCUUACUGGUGCCAUCCUCCGGGUCUGACCAACGGUGAGGUGACCUGCCACUCCCCUCGAGGCAGAGCCUACAGGAGCACACUGGGAACGCGUUGCCAGAUGAGCUGCGAUCGAGGGUACAGGCUGCUGGGAAGACGCUCCGUUAUGUGCCUCGCUAACCGCCGCUGGUCUGGGACUGCUUACUGCCGCAAGAUGCGCUGCCACGUGCUGCCCCUCAUUUACCAUGGCAGGUACACCUGCACUCAGGGCUUUAUGGUGGACUCCAGGUGUGACUUUACCUGUGACACUGGCUAUCGCAUUGAAGGAGAACCAUCACGCAUCUGCCAGCACAGGGGGUCAUGGAGCGGAGUACAGCCGGUGUGUUCAGAUACUGAUCCUCCAAAAAUAAAGUGUCCUCCAUCUAGACUCAAGGUCGCUGAGCCUGGAAAGCUCACCGCCAAGGUGACCUGGGACCCUCCGACAGCCACAGACACUGCUCACAAGUCACUCGAUGUGAUAUUAGUGGGCCAGGAGCCAGGCACUGACUUUAAAGAGGGACUUCACAUUAUCAGAUAUAAAGUGUACGAUCAGGCCAGGAACAGAGCUGCCUGCAAGUUUAUAGUGCGUGUUGAGGUGAGAAGAUGUCCAGAACUCUUUCCACCCUUGCAUGGUUACCUCAGCUGCUCCUCCGAUGGGAACAACUAUGGUGCAACGUGUGAAUACCACUGCGAAGGAGGAUACGAACGGAGGGGGGUGUCGAGUCGUGUCUGCCAAUUCAACCGAAGCUGGGGCGGAGACCCUGCUGAGUGUGUUCCAAUUGAGAUUAAGGCCGAUGUAAAGACAGCGCCAGCUCUCCUGGAUCAGUUCUAUGAAAAGCGGAGGCUGCUGAUCGUGUCUGCACCCAACAUGUCGGACCCUGACUACCAGCUCCAGAACAUCAUGAUACAAAAAGCAGAUUGUGGAUUAGCCCUCCGGCACGUAACCGUGAUCGAGCUUCUGGGCUCUCCUCCUCGUGAGACUGGCCGCAUUAAAGAAAGCCUUCUUCAACCUCAAGUCAUAGAGGGUUUAAGACAAGCAUUCAGAAUAUCCAGAAGCUACUUCAGCAUGGUGCUCCUGGAUGAGCUUGGUCUGGACCGAGAGCGCUUCAUUUCCCCCGUGGGUUCAGAUGAGCUGUUCUCCUACAUCGACAGUUUCCUGCUGGACGAAGAGGAACGGGAGAAACUGGAGCUCCGCAGCGAUUUCUGUGACUAAUUUAAUAAACCUCUGUCGUUGCCACAGCAA